AUGAAGACGAAUUGUGGCAUGAAUAAAGAACUGCGGAUUUCUAGCGGGUGGGAGUUCGGCAGUCUGGAAAAUGGAAAUCAUACAGAGACGCGCCGAGAUGGCAAUGACUCUAGGGCGGCGACGGCGGCUGUAAGAGCAACCGCCACCGCCCAAUUUGGUGUCUGCGUGGUAGCGCUUGGCACCACUGUUACAGUACUCACGGUCCCUGCCUACUUCACUGAUUCUCAACGGCAGGCCACAGCUGAUUCAGGCAAGGAGGAAGAAGAAGGAGGACAUCAGAGGAAAUGCCAUGGUCUCAGGAGGUUGAGAACUGCUUAUGAAAGGAUGAAGAGAAUGUUUCAUCCUCUGCUCAAGUGUUUGAAGUUGGUGGAGAAGUGUGAGGAUGCUAGGAUGGACCAAAGCAGAAUGAUAUUUUUCAUGUUGGUGAUUCCAUUAGGAUUCCCAAGGUGCAGCAUAUAUUGCAAUGUUUUUUUCAAUGGGAAGGAGCUCUGCAAGAGCAUCGAUCCAGAUGAGGUAGUUGCCUGCCGUGCUGCUGUUCAAGCUACUGUCUUGAAUGGGGAAGAUAAUGACAAGGUACAAGAUCUGCUGCUUUUGGAUGUAACUCCUCGGUCCCUUGGGAUAGAGACUGCUGGUGGCAUUGUGACUGUUUUGAUCCCAGAAACACCACCAUUCCCACCAAAGAGGAAGGUUUCUACUCAGAUGAUCAACUUGGCUUUUUGA